AUGAGGAUCCUCAAGCAUUGGCCUCGCCGGCGCAGUGGCUCCAGCAUCGUGGUGUUGGGUGGUGAUGACACGCUGAAGCCCUCUAUACCUAUUGAUGACUAUCAGGAAGACUUGGAAAUGUACAAUAUGUUAGCGGUAAAUCAGGACAAUGGACCACAUCGGGAAAUGGCUGUCGAUGUACCUGAAUCGUUCAUAGCCAGAAACAAAACGCCCCCGCGCUACCCACCCCCGCGGACCACAACGGCGCCGGCAACGCCAGCAGCCGUCGCCGCCGCUGCCGCCGCCGCCGCCGGAGCCGCGCCCGCCGGCACGCAGGUAAAUCACGUUUCCAACGCAAUGCCCCAGGUCGCGCGUCCCCCGGUCCACCGUCAUCCGGCGAACGGCGUCGGCGGGAUCCCGCUGGAGCUGGAACCGCUCGACGGCUCGUACAGCAGCGACCGGCACCUGUCCUCGCUGGACAGCAGCCAGGAGUACGGCAAGAAGGGCGGCGGCUCCAGCAAGGGCCCGUCCUCGCUCGGUUCGGUCACCAGCGAGUUCGAGCCGUCGCUGCUGGCCGUCUCCAACAGUGGCCACCCUAUCGCCACCGCCAACGGCUACGGCCGGCUGCGGCGCCACGAGGCGGGCGACCUGCGCGGUUCGCUCAGCACCAACCGGAGCUCGUCGCCGUCGUCGUCGGGUGAUCUCGGACCGCCGGAGUACGACGUCGGGCCGCACCGGGAGCUGCCCGUGGACGUGCCGGACAGCUUUGUCGAGAUCGUCAAGGCACCGCCGCGCUACCCGCCGCCCAAGCCAUUGAUCAUUAAAGACGCUAUCAGAAAGAAAGAAUCAUGCUCAUCCAGCGAAUCCAUUGAUAAACCCAAACCGCAAUCACAGUCACCGGCGCGCAACGAGCUCAACGGCUCGACGAAACCGGUGCCACCGCCGAGGGAUCACCUGCGGAUAGAGAAGGACGGGCGGCUGACGAACCGUGCACCAGUACCAGCUCCACAAGUGCCAGAUCGGAAGAUUGUGCCGAACGCAUCACAGCACCAGCAUAUCGGCCAGGUCCUGGAGCCGACUCCGGAUCAGUUAGAUAGCAUUAAGAAGUUCCAGGAACAACUGCGACGAAGACGGGAGGACGAGGAACGGAUAGCGGCCCAGAAUGACUUCCUGCGCAACAGCUUGCGCGGUUCGCAGCGGCUGCGCGCCCUGCAGGACAACCCGAUCGAGAAGCCACCGGUCGGUGUGGACAACGAGGCGUACGCGGACGACGAGGUGGUCGUGGAGAAGGUGAUCGGUUACAGUGAGCUGGUUGCGGCGCUUCAGCGACUGCAGGGACAUCUGAACAAGCACGGCCUGGCAGCACUCGCUGGCCGAGUGACGGCCGCCCAAAGUCUGCUGCUCGGGCCGGGCAUCGCGCGAGCCUUGGCCGUUCGAACGGCGGUCCUGGAGCGGCGGCGCCCGAAGGUUCAGAAUCCCAUUUGCUCAAAUGCUCAAACCCUGGCCAAGGAUUGUGUCGAAUCGCUGGCACAAUCCGGCUCGCCAAUCGCAAUAGAACUGUGUGAUCUGCUGUCCACGUACGAGAUGGAGGGUCUCCUGCUGGCGCACGAUCGGAUCGCAGCGACCACCGAUCGGUCACCGGUCGGCUCGUACGUCGGCAGCCCGGUCAACCACGCUACCCUGCCAUCCCUUAGCAGCAACAGCAUCAACAAUAACGCCUUGACCAGUGCGGUCAAACCGGUCACGGUCAUGCCAUCAUCAAUUCCAAAUAACGCUAGUUUAGUGAACAAUAACAAUAACAACAUUGCAAAGAGGGAACCAAUGAGUGUGCCUCUCGGUGUGCUGCGCGACGGAAGUCAGGAUCACAUCAAGAUCAUCCAGAUCGAGAAAUCGUCCGAACCGCUCGGGGCCACGAUUCGCAACGAGGGCGAGGCCGUUGUUAUUGGGCGCGUGGUACGAGGCGGGGCGGCGGAGAAGUCGGGCCUCCUGCACGAAGGAGACGAAAUCCUCGAGGUGAACGGUAUCGAGAUGCGCGGCAAGUCUGUCAACGAUGUGUGCGCCCUGCUCGGCUCGAUGACGGGCACGCUGACGUUCCUGGUCGUGCCGGCUGGCAUCCCGCAGAUCGUGCCGGGCAUCGGGAUGCGGGAUCCACCGGUGCUGCACGUGCGGGCCCACUUCGACUACGAUCCCGAGGACGAUCUGUACAUUCCGUGCCGGGAGCUGGGCAUCAGCUUCCAGAAGGGCGACGUGCUGCACGUGAUCUCGCGAGACGAUCCCAACUGGUGGCAGGCGUACCGGGAGGGUGAGGAAGACCAGACGCUGGCCGGGCUGAUACCGAGCCAGUCGUUCCAGCAUCAGCGCGAAUCGAUGAAGCUGGCCAUCGCCGGCGAGGUUGGGUUGCGCACGCGCAAAGACAUCAACGGGAAGGCGGGUGGCGGAUCGACGCUGCUCUGCGCCCGGAAGGGGCGCAAGAAGAAGAAGAAGGCCAGCAGCGAGCACGGAUAUCCGCUGUACGCCACGGCGACGGCGGACGACCCGGAUCCGGAGGAGAUUCUCACGUACGAAGAGGUGGCCCUGUAUUACCCGCGCGCAUCACACAAACGGCCGAUCGUGCUGAUCGGGCCACCGAACAUUGGCCGGCACGAGCUGCGCCAGCGGUUGAUGGCCGAUUCCGAGCGGUUCGCCGCAGCCAUUCCUCAUACGUCACGAGCUCAGCGGGAGGGAGAAGUGCCCGGUCAGGACUAUCAUUUCAUCUCCCGGCAACAGUUCGAAUCGGACAUCUUGGCCCGCAAGUUCGUCGAGCAUGGAGAAUACGAAAAAGCUUAUUAUGGAACAUCUCUGGAAGCCAUCCGUGCCGUGGUCGCCAGUGGAAAAAUAUGCGUACUUAACCUGCACCCCCAGAGCUUAAAGCUGCUCCGCUCGUCCGAUCUGAAGCCGUACACAGUGCUGGUUGCGCCACCGAGUCUGGAAAAGCUGCGCCAAAAGCGGAUACGAACGGGCGAACCGUACAAGGAGGAAGAGCUGAAGGAAAUCAUUGCGACCGCACGCGACAUGGAGGCACGCUGGGGCCACCUAUUUGACAUGAUCAUCAUCAACAAUGACACCGAGCGGGCGUACCAUCAGCUGCUGGCGGAAAUCAACUCCCUCGAGCGCGAACCCCAGUGGGUGCCGAGCAGCUGGCUUCACAACUAAUGGCGGUAAUGACCGUUCGCUGGCUGGUACCAAACUGAGCCAUUACGCCGAAUGUUGCCUGUCUGCUCAUCGCCGGGGAGGGGGGAGUUCUUACGUGCGUGCAACAAGUGAAGCCAACCGAUUCCUGCAGCGCACGUGCCAAUUGUAAUCACUCUUGCAAGGGCAAGACAUCGGGAUAUCGGUAGCGGUUAGAAAAAAAGGCUACUGGCCGCAUGACCUUACACACUUAUUACCCCGUUAGCAUGUAGCAUAGAGCACACGUGGAGCAUAAUUAUAACGGAAAUCGUUAGGCCCCCCAAAACAGGAUAGAAGAGUACGCGUCGAAGGCGCCCGUAGCAAGCUAGGACAUUCCACUAGACUAGCACCAUGUACCCAAAAUUCUGAACACAACCGAUUCUUAUACCCAACACGUGUCAUGGGCACGUUAUACGUACACGUACACGACACUUUACUUUUGUAAUUGUUGUUACAUGAGUUCCCUUCCGUUUUGCUUGCGCACGCCAUGCGCAUGCAGUUACGUUACUUUUUUGUCACGCGAACAAACACACACACACACGCAUGUCUGCUGAAGCGGAAUAGAAACCAUUUUAAUUUCGCAUAGGAACCAAUUGUGUACGGUACGGAUCGAUCAGGGAAAUGACGGAGGGCACCCAGGGGGAAACUCGGGGGAUGAAAAUAGAUCUGCGAUUUACGGGGAUUUACGGUGGUUUGUUAAUACUUUAUAGCGUGUUUUAUAUUUUCUUGGGCCGGUCUUCCCUUUACUGUGUGUGCGUUCCACGAGGUAAACUUACAUAACUCCAUUCCCCUCCAUUUGUACUGUACGUUUUGUUUUAGAAUAAUAAAUGUUUUAUUUAUCUAGAGUUUUAUGGGAGAAUAAAAGGGGGAAAGCAGUAACAUUACUAUAGAAGUUUUCCUCAAGCACUCUAGCGUGCAAGUGUAAUAUUCAUGAUGGAAGGAGAGGUUAUAAAGAAAGUGAGAGAUAGCAAAGGGUAAACCAACAGUAACUACAUGGAGUGGCGCAAACCGAGUACACAAUAAAAAAGCAAUUUCUAAAUGUUGUAACAAUACUAUCAGAAUAGCGGGAUUACACAGUUGCAAUUGGAGAUAGGGGAGAGGCGAGGUCGUAUAUGAAAUUUAAAAUUAAUUAAAGAAAACCCCAAUGUAUUGUAGCUACGUUAAGCGAGAAAAGAAAAAAAAACCCAAGUAUGUAGAAAAAAUAUAUACCGAUGAAAGUAAAUAACGAGUAUGGAAAACUUAACUAAUCAGCAGCAAACAACCCGCCCUGUGGAGAGACGUGUGGAGCAUAAUAGGUAAUGGAUAUUAGUGAUUCACAAAUUUACACAAGAGAAAACAAAAAUCAAAAUAAUCGUAAUGCGGUAGCCGGCCGAGGUGGUAAAAUUAGACUUCCUAUGAGAAACCGUCACCAUUACCCCAUUGGACACUCAAAAUUGAAUGGAAAGAAUCUAUAAAGCAAGCAAGCAAGUAAACGUGGAGGUAGAAACAGCAGAUUCGAUAUACUUUUUGGCUCGUAAGAUAUAAAAUAAAUCAAAUAUACGCGAUAAAAUCUAAUCCAUAGGAGAAAAUGUGCUCAAACACCCCCGAAAGGUAUUCGUGUUCAAAAAACAACGUUUUCUCUUUGUAGACCUUCAACUUCUACUAGGUUGCUCACUUAAGUCAAACAUUUGUUUGGGGCUUGGGUUUGUAUAUUUUUUUUAUCCAAAUGCAUUCGUUUCAUUUUUUGUGGUUUUUUUAUUUUUUCCACAACUAGCUCGAUAUGUAUUAUAUUUGACUUAGGAUGAUUAUUUGAAGCCAAUGUGGAGGAUGUUGAGGCAGCGGGUACUUAAAACAUUCCCUUUAUCCACAAUUUAACAGGAUCUUCUAAGGAAAAAAAACAAAAUAAAUACUUUCCGUUAAAACUACUCCUGAUGGGACUGCUUUUCUUCGUUUCUUAUUCAUUGGGAUUAGUUGAUUUCGUAGUGGGCGAAAUAUCCGCAUUACUUAGGACGUUAUAUAGGGGCUAAUAUAACCGGAUGAUGAGGUAGAGCAGCUGUAGAGUUCGGGUCUAUAUUUUAAACCGGUAUCUACCAAAACUGUCCUAUUUCAGUUUCUAAACUUGAUCAACACCAAAAUAUACGCUAACCGAUGUAGUUGAGGGGAUAAAAUGAGGACAGCUGCUAGAAACAAUGCCGCUAGCGUAUGUAUAAAGGAGGUUUAGUUCUAACUUAAAAGACUUACCCGAACAUGUUUAGCUGAAGGUAAUUAGUGUGUGUUAUCAGAUGACGGCGAAAGGUGAAAUAUUUUGAACAAUAGCUAUUUUUCUAUACCGGUAGCACGAUGCGCUCCGUGUUGUUUCUUUCUUGAUUGUAUGGCUAUGUUAACCAUGUUUUGAUACGUAGGGUUUUGUAUAUUCUUGUAUAGUGAACAGGAUUGUAGAGUUUUUAUUUCAUUCUAAAAAGAUUCCCCGUACUAACGGAUGGCAGUUGACGAAUAAAGUAGUGAAUUGUAUUGCAAAGAAAAAGAUAAAUAAUCGGCUCAACCAUCCGAAAUCUUGUUUCAUCUACAAUAUAAAUAUAAUUGAAAUUAUCAGGUUGAAAGUUUUGUUCCCAACGUGACACUUCGUUAUGAUAAAAAGAUUAAAUAGGAUAAGGCGGAGGGUUAU